AUGGUUGAAACUGAUGAGAGCUUUCGCCUGAACCAAUGGGGAAAUAAUUUUUCAUACUGUUACUACACUGAAGAGCUUAAAAACAAACGGAAAACUGUGUCUGAUGUUGUCGAGGAAGCUGCUCAAGGAAUCACGAUCGAAGGAACCAAGCUUGGCAAACCAUGUGAAGCUGAAUGGUUGGCUGAGCAGCUGCGUGCAGUUAAAUAUUUUGGAAAUAUGGUGGAGGCAGAUAUGCAUACUAAAUUUCCGCCUACUAUUAGUCAAACAUGUGUUUAUCUCUAUACUAAAGAAUUAUUUUUGUACAAAUUGAUUAACUCUGUACUUCGCAAUCCUGAAACAAUUACUUGUGAACAGUUAAAAACAUUAGGACCAUUUUCUUGGCUACUCUGCACAUAUUUGAAACAAUUAAAUACAAGAAAUAAUCUCAUUGUUUAUCGUGGCGUCACACUAACUGAUCAACAACGACAAGAAUAUAUGAAAAGAGAAGGUGAAAGACUACGUUGUCUUCAUUCACUUCAACAAGCGAGAAUCAGGAACUGGUAG